AUGGAACGACGAGAUAAGCCACAGUCCAUCAUUGGGACCGACGAACGGGUGAGAGUGAAUCCAAUGACUUCGCCUCCAUACAAGUGGAUUUGCCAUUUGAAAAUAGAGGAUAUGUUGACGGUGGUUGGCAUGUUGCAAGUGGUUUCAAAAUUCACAUCCCCUACGUCAAUCGGUCCGUAGUUGUGACCAGCGGUCAUUGCACGUACACUAGCAGUCUAGCAAGUCCUAUGCCCGAUCGAUCACUGUGACGUUCCCAGGAGAAGAUCGGAUCGAAAUUGGACCCGAGGACUUGUACGCACCACCGGAAUUUACCCAGAAUGGAAGUGAGGAUCAUGACUACGGUCUUAUACUCCUGCCUGGGCCUGGUAAUUGUGACGAAGGGUUUGGCUGGUCAACUAUCCUCGCAGAUAGUGAUCUCAACAAUCGGGUAGUUACAGUCUGUGGAUAUCCAGCUGACAAGCCAGACAGAACGAUGUGGAUAACUGGACGAAAAAUCUGCAGAUUUACAGCAAAUAAGAUUUUUUACGAGACCGACACGGUCGGUGGUGAAAGUGGUAGCCCCGCGUACACUUGGUAUAACGGUUAUUGGACGGUACUUGGUGUUCACGGCUAUGGUGCAAUGCGAGACGGUACCAACUCUGCUCCGCGUUUUACCGUUCAGAUGAUUACUCGUUUUCUACAACGUAUGAACUGUCUUGAUCCAAAAUCCUUGAUGUCUGUGCAAUUUCCUAACGUCUACAUUCGCUGUGAUGGUAGGGGAGUCGUGGAGCCACAAGCAGCAGGAGCAGCAUGCGCAGGUACCGGUAACUGCCAGUACACACCUCCAUCGCGUUGGGAAAGCUAUUACAUAAUACCAGUGGAAAUGAGACCCUCAUCUGCGCAAGAGUUUGUCCACACUGUAGCGUUGGAAAAUGCUGAGUUUAGAAAUGUAUACAUCCGUUUAGAUGGCGCUGGUAUGAAUUCCAGCCAAGGUCCGGGAGGCGGAGUGGUUAACUGCCAAGCUAGUGUAAGUGCGUACGAGUCGUUCGUGGUUCAAGAUGUACAAAAUGGUAGCAUGUCUUUUCGAAGUGUCCAAUUCCGUAAUUGCUACAUUCGGAUGGAUGGGAGAGGUGUGACUUAUCCAGUUGGACCAGGUGGUGGGACUGUCAACUGCCAGUAUUAUGAUAAUUUUCGCGACGUGAGUUCGUGGGAGUCGUUCCUCGUUCAGGAUCUAGUAUCCACUAAUUGA